CUGAUUUGAGCGACUUCCAAGCAAAAUUGCAAUCUUGGCGGAAAUAUCCGCUUAAGGCGCUAAGAAACCAUACAUAACAAAUGUGGAAUAACCACGAGAUACAUGGAAAUGUAUACGACAUAAAUACAAUAAAGAACGAGGAAAUCAUACACUCAGAAGAUGCAGAAGCCGAUGUAAAGACAGAAUUAACAAAUCAAAGAAAUCAUCAGCCACGUAUUUUACGAUUCGCCAUGGCCAAGAAACGCCAAGCGCUGCCGUACAUGAAGCCAGGGCCACAGAAUCGCGAGGAACUCUUACAGAGCAUAACGCAUAACCGUGAGGAACUGGCGGCCUUCUUUCAGAAAGUGUCUCCAGAUGGCGGACAGAAUGAUUAUGCUGCUGCAGCGAUACCACCUUCAAUUGGUAAACCUACUGCUCCUGUGGAGCAACGCAACAGCUACGAUUUGUUCUUUGAAAGUGCCUGCGUUAGCGUCAAGGGCCUGCCGCCAAAACUGGCUGCCGAGGCCAAGAGUCGCAUUUCCCAGAUAAUCACCGAGUUCGAGAUCCGUGCCAUUUCCGAGCAGGAAGCCAAAGUCGAGGCGGCACAAGCCAGAGCUCUCAUCCGUGCACGUAAAGUAGGUGGGGAGUUACACGUACUUGAACAUUCAGCCAUGUUUCACACUUCAGAAUAAGACUUACAAAAUUCAAUAA